UACGUUACCCACCCAGCAGAACAGUCUGUCCUCAUCCACGUCUUCUGGGCGAACGUCAACUUCAACUCUUCUGCACACGAGUGUGGAAAGUGAAGCAAGCCUCCAUUCUUCUGCUAGCACUUUCUCCACCUCCUCCAGCACGGUGUCGGCCGCCCCGCCGGUCGUGAGCGUUUCAUCCAGCCUCAGCAGCGUCAGCAGCCUGGGCCUCAACCUCAGCAGUAACUCCACGGUGACGGCCUCGACUCGCAGCUCCAUCGCAACGACAUCAGGAAAAGCCCCUCCCAAUCUCCCUCCUGGAGUCCCGCCGUUGUUGCCUAACCCGUACAUCAUGGCUCCAGGGUUGCUACAUGCCUACCCGCCACAGGUGUAUGGAUAUGACGAUUUGCAAAUGCUCCAGACGAGAUUCCCCUUGGAUUACUACAGCAUCCCAUUCCCUACCCCGACCACCCCUCUGACUGGAAGAGACGGCAGCCUGAGCAGCAAUCCGUACUCUGGGGACUUGACAAAAUUCGGCCGAGGUGAUGCCUCUUCCUACACCAGUCUGCCGUACUACACAGGGGUACCAGGGCUCCCCAGCACCUUCCAGUACGGGCCCGCCGUGUUCCCUGUUGCUCCUACCUCUUCCAAGCAGCAUGGUGUGUCGGUGACAUCCAGUAACACGGGCGUGCCGGACAUCUCGGGCUCUGUCUACUCCAAAACUCAG